AUGAAAUUCUACUCCUUAUCAUCUGGGGUGGCAAACUUCUUGCUGUCUAACAGUGAAGGUAGAGAACUGGAUCUCCCCUUUCAACUUACAGAUCAAGAAAUGGAGAUCGUCCGUUAUAAUAGAAGUACAUUUAUACUGGGACGCUCAGGCACCGGGAAGACAACAGUUCUUACAAUGAAAUUAUGUCAGAAAGAACAGCAGCAACGUAUUGCAGAGGAAGGAUUCUAUGGUGUUGAGAAUGCACUCUCGCAUGUUUUUCCGAAUAAUAACGAGGUUGAGCAGAGUCCUACUGGUGCUAAAAUGUGUGUCUUGCGCCAGCUUUUUGUGACAGUGAGUGCGAAACUCUGUUUUGCCGUCAAGCAACAUGUUUUACACUUGAAAAGUUUUUCUUCUGGGGGAAACCAUUCAGGUGAAUGCAGUUCGACUGAUAGCAUUGAUUUUGAGGAUGAAGAAGCCCAGUUCAACAAUAUCCCAGAUUCUUUUCUUGAUAUUCCGCCCAACUGUUAUCCUCUUUUCAUAACAUUCCAUAAGUUCUUGAUGAUGCUUGAUGGAACCUUAGGUAACUCAUUCUUUGAAAGAUUCCUUGACACCUCAGAACCUCGACAAAAGGAGGUCAAUCUUGCGAGGUUCAGCACCUCGUAUUGGCCUCAUUUUAAUAUACAACUAACAAAGAAGCUUGAUCCUUCUAAAGUAUUUACGGAGAUUAUCUCUCAUAUAAAAGGCGGCCUGCGAGUCACAAAAGCAGGUGAUGGAAAACUCAGUCGAGGAGAUUAUGUCCAACGUUCAGAGGGCCGGGUGUCAAAUCUAAGCAAGGAGAAGAGGGAGAUGAUAUAUGAUAUAUUUCUGGUUUAUGAAAAAAAGAAAAAGAAAAAUGUUGAAUUUGAUGUCACUGAUUUUGUUAAUGAUAUUCACCGUCGACUCAGACGUGAAAAGUACAAGGGUCAUGAAAUGGAUUUUGUAUAUAUUGAUGAGGGUCAGGAUCUAACAGUCAAUCAGAUUAGACUCUUCAAACACGUUUGCAGUAAUGUUGAAGAGGGUUUUGUUUUUUCUGGUGAUACUGCACAGGCAAUUGCAAGGGUUAUUGAUUUUAGAUUCCAAGAUUUACGACACAUGUUCUACAAGGAAUUCGUACUGGAAUCAAAAAGAGAUAAACAGGAACAAAGAGAAGACAAAGGACAAAUCUCAAAAAUAUUGCAUUUGUCUCAAAACUUCCGUACGCAUGAUGGUAUACUGAAGUUAUCACAGAGCAUAAUUGAUCUACUUUACCAUUUUUUCCCCCAAUCUAUUGAUAAAUUGAAACCUGAAACCAGCCCAAUAUAUGGGGAAGCUCCAGUUUUGCUUGAACCUGGAAAAAAUGAGAAUAUAAUCAUGAAGAUUUUUGGAAGUUUUCGUGGAAAUAUAGUUGGCUUUGGAGCAGAGCAGGUUAUUUUGGUGCGUGAUAAGCGUGCUCGGAACGAAAUUUCCAAUCAAGGCAAGCGAGCUCUUGUUCUUACUAUAUUGGAGAGCAAGGGCCUUGAAUUUCAGGAUGUACUGCUUUACAACUUUUUUGGAUCAUCACCAUUGCAAAAUCAGUGGAGGGUGAUAUAUGAUUACAUGAAGGAGCAUGAUUUGCUUGACUCCACUUUACCUGAGCACUUUCCAAGUUUUGAUGAAGACAAACACAACAUCUUAUGUUCCGAACUUAAGCAACUAUAUGUUGCUGUCUCUCGUACUAAACAAAGGUUGUGGGUUUAUGAGAAUAUGGAAGAGCUAUCCAAUCCCAUGUUUAACUAUUGGAAAAGGAAAUGUCUUGUGCAAGUUAGGCACUUCGAUGAUUCACUUGCAAGGGAAAUGCAAGCUCAGAGCAAUCCAGAGGAGUGGAGGUCACGUGGCAUGAAGCUCUAUCAAGAGGAUAACUAUGAAAUGGCCACAAUGUGUUUUCAAAGAGCUGGUGAUACUUAUUGGGAAAGAAGGUCGAAAGCUGCUGGCCUGAAAGUUAUGGCUGACCUUAAGCGCACUUCAAAUCCUGAAAAGGCUAAUGCUCUCCUCAAGGAAGCUGGAGAAAUUUUUGAAUCUUUAGGGAAGGCAGAUUCUGCUGCCCAAUGCUUUUUUGAUUCUGGGGAGUACAAAAGAGCAGCUAGGAUUUAUUUGAACAAAUGUGGAAAACCUGGACUUGAAAGAGCUGCAGAAUGCUAUUCUCUAGCAGGAUGCUACAAGCAUGCAGCCGAAAUAUUUGAAUCUAUAGGCAAAGCAGAUUCUGCUGCCAGAUGCUUCUAUUAUUUGGAGGAGUAUGAAAGGGCAGCUAAUAUUUAUUUGGAAAAGUGCGGCGAACGUGGACUUGAAAGAGCUGGCAAAUGCUUCUCUCUAGCAGGAUUCUAUGAGCAGGCAGCCGAUGCAUAUGCCAGGGGCAAAUUUUUCUCCCAGUGUUUAACUAUGUGUUUGAAAGGAAAAUUAUUUGACAUAGGUUUGGAAUAUUUUAAAUUUUGGAAGCAACAAGCAAGAGAAGAGUAUGAUCGGGCUUUAAGAGGAAAAGGUACGGAUGAAAUUGAACUGGAUUUUCUUGAGAACUGUGCUUUUCACUAUUAUCAUGAGGUUGAAGAUAACAGAUCCAAGAUGAAACUUGUUAAAGUUGAAAUGUUAUCUGGGCGAAAAUUUUUGAACACUCAUCUUUCUUCAAGCUCUUCAAAGUAUGUGUGGGAAGAAAAUAUUAUUUGUGAUCUGAAAAAGUAUUCUGAAGUCAAGAAAUCUAAAAAGCAGGUUUCGAUUGAUUCACUGGUGUACUUUUGGAAUUUUUGGAUGGAUAAGAUUGUUUAUUUGAUAGAAUAUUUUGGAUGUCUAGAAACCCUAGAUGUUAAUAAGAGAAGAAGUUAUGGAGACUUCUUUUUAAAUUACUUGGCGGUGUGGAGGGAGUUUCAUGAUGAUUUGAAUCCAAUAUAUCUUUUACUCAUCUCUGAUGCUGAUUGGGUUAGUGGUGUGGUGGAUAAGCGUUAUUUUAUAAGUAAUGGUGAAUUGGUCAGUGUUGAUUUUUGCCAAAUUGUUUCAUCUGCUAAGAUUUAUUGGAGUUCAGAACUACUCUCUUUCAGUACUAAGAUUUUGAAUAAGCUUCAAGUGCUUUACGAGUUCAUGACCGAAAAAUCUGAUUCAAUCUUCUGCCAAAGCUGGUGUCUUACCCAGAUUUAUGUGGUUGCAAACUGUCUUUUGGAGUCAAAAUACCUGAAGCUAACGUAUACAGAUUUGAAUACACUACAGCAUUUUGUUAAUCUGUCAACUGAAAACAUUGUUGCUUGCAUAUUUCCUUUAGAUUGGAGGAAAUCUUUGAGAGAGAAUAUGAUUUCUCUGAGACAAAACGAUGCUUGUAAAAGUUUACUCAAGAAAGUUGUAGUUGAUUAUAUGAGCUCAAAGAAAAAGCUGUCUUAUGGGCAAGUAGGAAGGAUUGCAAUGAUUAUUCUUGGCUCUAGCAAUUUUAAUAAUGAAUUGUAUGCUGUGAAUAAUUUGCAUUGUAGUGCACCAUGGAAGGUGUUCAUUAAGAACAUAUGUCAAGAACCGAAAGAGGAGUCUCUGCCGUGGUGGUUCCACGAAGCUUUGGAUGACACUUAUCUUGCAAACUGGGAGGGAGAACGUGACUUCCUGUCACCUGAUUGCUUGUUGUAUCUUUUUGAACGCCUUCUGAUGUGGGUGUCCUGCUUACAAGGGUACGUUAUCACUACAAAAUCUUGUUUUACUAAAUGGCUGAUACACCAGCAGGAAGAUACAAAAUUUACUUCCAGUAUAAGGCCUGAUGUGCCAAUAUGUUCUGAAGUCAUCCUUCAGUUUUUGAUUGAUGUGGUUCGGGAUUUGCUUUAUGAUAAGAACACCGUGGUUGAAUGGAUUCAAAAGUCUAUCAAGGAUUGGGAGAAAUAUUAUUCACUGCUGAUCCUGAGAUUGGUUGUCAUCUUGUGCUUGCUUUAUUUUAAUUUUGGGAUGUGUUUUAGCAUACUUUUGGAACUAAUUUGGAGGGACUACAUCACUGAGCAACUACCAAAGGAGUUUUGUGAGGCCCUCAGGAGACUUAUAUUUGUACAAAAUUCUCCUAGUAUAAAUGUGAAUCUGAUUGAGGAAGCCUUUAAGAAAAUUGGUAAUCCUUUGGUAGUUGCAAGUUUCGGGAUUGAUUGUUCAAGGUUCAUUUGUUCAGAUGCCAUUUUUUUCGACAUGAAGGCCAACCUGUGCAUUGACGAAAUGUUGAGAACAUUGUUCUCAAAACCGCACAUUCAUGUUCAAUCUUCACGAGGUCAAUCUGAAGCCAUGGUGGUAGAAGCUAAAAGUUACUGCUCUGCUGCGCCUUCUGCUUAUGAUUCAAAUGAGGCUAACUGCUGUAAGCUUGUUCCACACACCCCCGGCUUGGUAACAGAUAAGGUCCAGAACACUGGAAAUAGCAAGCAAAGUAGCCUUCCAAUGGAUUUUGAUUUCUUUUGGGAAAUAAUUGAAGGUUUACAAUUGUUGGAGAAGGAAGGAGAUGAGAGUAGUUUAUCUUCAGAGGCCUCAACAAUCAAGUUGGAUCUGGAGAAAGCUAUUGGCACCUGGACUGCUGUAUGGUCUACAUACUAUUCAAACUGUGACGACAGAGGAGCAUUAUCUGCAGAAGUACUUCACAUGCUUGAUGAAACGGUGCAACUCUAUGCUGUAUUAGAUGGGAGUGAGCAGGAACUUCGCAACAAAAUUUCAACAGUUGCAGAACUUUCAAGGCGGUUGCAGUCAAGGAGGCAAACGGUGGAGCCAAUCUUGACUUUCCUAGUUUUGGAGCACAAUUCAAAGCUUGCUAGGAAUGCAAUCUUGAAUCAGCUAGUUUUUUAG